GCUCGCCAUGGCCGCCCGCAGCCCCCCGCCGCCGCCGCCCCGCGCCCAUCGCCCCUCGCCGCCGCCUCCCGCCGCCGUCCUGCUCGUCCUGUGCCUGGCCGGCUCGCUCGGCGGAGCCCGCGCUCUGACGUGUCUGUGCUCCGACUGCAAACAAGCAAACUCCACAUGUGAAACGGACGGCGCCUGCAUGGUCUCAGUCUUCAACCUGGAUGGAGUGAAACAUCACGUUCGGACCUGCAUUCCUGAGGCCAAGCUGAUUCCUGCUGGGAAACCCUUCUACUGCCUGAGUUCUGAAGAUCUGCGUAAUACUCACUGCUGCUACUCUGAUUUUUGCAACAAAAUCGAUUUAAUGGUUCCCAGCGGACACCUGAAAGAUAACGAACCCCCAUCGAGCUGGGGUCCUGUGGAGCUGGUGGCAGUGAUUGCUGGGCCUGUCUUCCUCGUGUUUGUUGUCAUGAUCAUAGUAGUCUUUGUUUUUCAUCACCACCAACGAGUCUAUCACAAUCGUCAGCGGCUGGACAUGGAAGACCCCUCUUGUGAAAUGUGCCUGUCGAAGGAUAAGACUUUGCAAGAUCUAGUCUACGAUCUCUCCACCUCUGGCUCUGGCUCAGGUUUGCCGCUUUUCGUCCAGCGGACCGUGGCUCGGACGAUCGUCCUGCAGGAGAUCAUCGGCAAGGGCCGCUUCGGGGAGGUGUGGCGGGGCAGGUGGCGUGGAGGAGACGUGGCUGUCAAGAUCUUCUCCUCCAGGGAGGAACGUUCCUGGUUCAGGGAAGCAGAAAUCUAUCAAACCGUUAUGCUGCGCCACGAGAACAUCCUGGGAUUCAUCGCCGCGGACAACAAAGAUAACGGGACGUGGACUCAGCUGUGGCUCGUGUCUGACUACCACGAGCACGGGUCGCUCUUUGACUACCUGAAUCGAUACACAGUGACUAUCGAGGGGAUGAUCAAGCUGGCCCUGUCUGCUGCCAGCGGGCUGGCCCAUCUACACAUGGAGAUCGUGGGCACUCAGGGAAAGCCUGGGAUUGCUCACAGAGACUUGAAAUCCAAGAACAUCUUGGUGAAGAAGAACGGCACGUGUGCCAUCGCUGACCUUGGCCUGGCUGUCCGGCACGAUUCGGUUACGGAUACGAUUGACAUUGCACCGAACCAAAGGGUUGGAACCAAACGAUACAUGGCCCCUGAAGUUCUGGAUGAAACCAUUAACAUGAAGCAUUUCGACUCGUUUAAAUGCGCCGAUAUCUACGCCUUGGGCUUGGUGUACUGGGAGAUUGCUCGGAGGUGCAACGCAGGAGGUAUCCAUGAGGAGUACCAGCUUCCCUACUACGACCUUGUACCCUCUGACCCUUCCAUUGAGGAGAUGCGGAAGGUCGUGUGUGACCAGAAAUUACGACCUAAUAUCCCCAACUGGUGGCAAAGCUACGAGGCACUGCGGGUGAUGGGUAAGAUGAUGCGGGAGUGCUGGUACGCCAACGGAGCCGCUCGCCUCACCGCCCUCCGCAUCAAGAAAACGCUCUCGCAGCUCAGCGUCCAGGAAGAUGUGAAGAUCUAGACCCUGAGCCUCCAGCAGGAGGAAACUGCACAAAAGCUGCCAUGCUAGAGUAGACAUGUGAUGGAGGCCUACCUCUUGUUUCUGCCCAAUCUACUGCUACCAACCAGCCAAGGUGACUACAGGCUGCUCGGUGGGGCGACGGAGCCCAUGGGAUUUGCUCUCUUCCCUGCUUGGGUAUGAAACCUUUUUAUGAUCACCUCCUGACAGUGUGAAGACUUGAGAGGGGACUUCAGACCUGAGGGAUCUCAGCCGUGACCCUCACUCUUUGUUUCUUUAAUGGAAAUCCCUGUCAAGCUCAGUGCCCCCGCGGGGGGCUGGGAGUGGGAAGGGAAAGGGAAGGUUUUCUUGCCACACUCCCGGGGUUUUUGUUUUCCCAGGGACUGGCAGUUGAUGCAGAAAAGAAACCCGACCACAGCAUUUGCAAAACAAAUGGUGCUCCCUUCUGAGAGGCUGAGCCUGAACACUUUUAUCAGCUUCACAAAAACAUUUCCCUCCUCCUCCUUUAUUUUUUUUUCUUCCCCCUUUUGUUUUGUUUUGUUUGUUUUUUCCUUUCUCUCUUCAGCUUGAACAAUUCAGUGUGAGCCCAGCCCCAAGGGGGGCUGUGCACAGCCUGUGUGCAUGUGCAGGCCCCUGCCUGUCCCUUCUCCUCCCGUGGUGGCUCAUCCCUGUCCGUGCUUUCUGUGCAUGUGCAAACCUCAAAGAGUGUCCCGUUGGUUUGAGCUGUGCGUGCUGGUGCUCUCUCCUUGUCGAGUAGUGAGCUUUGUGUCUAGCUUUGGACGGGCUGCUUCAAACCAGACCCUUAGCUCUUCCCUCCCGUGGGUGCUGUGGCCUUUUUGCUGUCCCCACGCCCGGCUGCAGGAAGUUCCCAUCAGGUUGCCUCACUGCCACCCCCUCUCUUUUCUUAAGACAAAACAAAUGAGGGACUGACCUCGCUCUUGGAAUCCACACUUUUUGUCUUGAGCACCCCCCCUGGGGUUUGUGUCUCUUGGUAAGGUGGAAAAAAGACCCAGGGGAGAGAGAUGGCAUCAGAGAGCAGGCACUGGAUGAGACCAGGCCAUGGAGGGGGAAUGCAGGAGACCAUCUCCUAGGAGCCCAAUUCCAGGGCCCCCCAGCCAGGCAGCCUCUGGAGCCCCCUCAGCAGCGUGGGGCCAGGCUCUUGGGGGACCAGGAGCCGACAGCAGGGGCGCAGGGUUUGGAAAUCCACGUCCACCUUUUUAGCUUCUCCAUAUAUAAAUAUCAUAACCUGGAAGUGGCUGUGUGUAACUCGUGUGGGGCUGGGGGGGCAACUGCAUGACUUUUCUUUUUGGUUUAGAUGCCGAAUCAGGGUGAGGUGCAGCUGUUUUGGCUGUUGUCUACAGCGGGGUGUAGCUGGUUUGGCUGUUGUCUACAGCGGGGUGUAGCUGGAUUGGCUGUUGUCUACAGCGGGGUGUAGCUGGUUUGGCUGUUGCCUGCAGUGGGGUGCAGCUGUUUUGGCUGUUGUCUACAGCGGGGUGUAGCUGGAUUGGCUGUUGUCUACAGCGGGGUGUAGCUGGUUUGGCUGUUGCCUGCAGCGGGGUGUAGCUGGAUUGGCUGUUGCCUGCAGCGGGGUGCAGCUGGUUUGGCUGUUGUCUGCAGCGGGAUGUAGCUGAUUUGGCUGUUGCCUGCAGCAGGGUGCAGCUGGUUUGGUUGUCUGCAGCAGGGUGCAGCUGGUUUGGCUGUUGCCUGCAGCGGGGUGUAGCUGGUUUGGCUGUUGUCUGCAGCAGGGUGUAGCAGAGGGGGCAAUGGCUGAGGGCUGAGCAUCGGCAAGGUGUAACUCUUGAAGCCAUAACUUUUAACUGGAGUUGGUUAAUGAACCUUAUUUUUUAUUGCUGUUAACUGUUAUGUUGUGGGAGGGUCUGGAUUUUAACUUUUUUUAACGUUGUUAAGUCUUUCUAAGCGAAGAAACACGAACCCAACCCGUGGUUGUUACCUCUUGAGCUGUUUGUAAAGAAAUCAGUGCAAAAAAAAAAAACCACACACAAAAAAAGGUAAAAACUACAAAAAAAACAACCAAAAACAAACCCAACCCAAAUGCACAACAGCCUGAUUUACACUGGAACUGUUUGUACUCAGACCUUGCACCUGCUCUGCCAGGUGAGGUUUCAUCUCGGCUCCGGCACCGGGGUUUUAACUUUCUGUUGGGGUGGUUGUUUGUUUUUAAACACUCUGUUCUUGCUGUCUGUGGAUCUGUUGUGUCCCUCGUCCUUGGGCCUCUCCCCAUCUUGUCUGUGAGGAGUGUGGUUUUCCCAUGCCUGUUGUGGUGGGAGGGUGGUUGGGGGGAGUAUCCAGCCACACUCCUCCCUGCCCCGUGUCCUGCCUCAGCCAGAGGUUACCGUGUGUCUCCGGUGCCAUCCAUCCCUUCACCAAACCCUUCUGCGUGCCGAGGCCGAGGUGGCGAUUCACAGACACCCUAAAGGCUCCUCCAUCGCUGCUGUGUGGAGACACCAGCCACAGCCUGUCCCAGGGGCUGGGGAGGAGCCUUUGCCACCAUGACAUGACCCACGUAGGAAGGGCCAUCCCCAUGUGCCACGGCGAGCGCCGCCGGCCUCUCCUUCCCCAGCACGAGCCUCCCGUCCCCGUGGGCUGUGAGGCAGCUUCUCGAGGGCAUUAACUGAGCCCCCAUGACUUGCACUGACUCGCCCCAGCCCUCCAAGUGUAGCCACACAUGCAUCUGCCUCAGCGCUAAACCAAACAGCAGACAGCGGAGCGGUUUCAGACGGGGCGAGGGCAGGACCAGAGGGGAUCCCCUAGGAGCCAGGGUUGCAGAGGAGCCUCGUUUGGGGUGAGGUGCAGGAUCCCAGCUUGGGAACGCUGACUAUGUAGCAUUUACACAGCACUUUUCAUGCAAACACGUGCCAGGGAGGCGCAGUGCUGACUCUGCUGCCUGGCAGCACACACAGGGACGGCUGCAAGGAGCCCAAAGCGAGGAGCUGGGCUGGGAGGGGGAGAGAAGGUGUCAGCAACUGGAGGGCAGAGGGCGUGAGGGGGAGGCAGAGGCAGGGAGCUCGUGCUCCUCAUCGUGGCGUGGGGCCGAGCAGUGGUACGCCGGCUUCAGAACAGAUCUCUUGGUACUUAACCUGCCCCUUUCAUUUGUUUGGGUUUUGUAUAUUUUAUUAGAAACGGACUGUAAAAUAGCCACUUAGACACUUUACCUCUUCAGUAUGCAAAUGUAAAUAUGGUGUAAUAUAGGAAAUCUUUUGUUUAAUAUAAACCAAGGCUGUCGAUUUCUGCUGUACAUGAUUAAA